UCUAGUCAGUAUUUCACUACCCUUCAAUGGUGUACGAAGCCCCUCAUCUCAAAGUUAAAGAAGGUUCCAUUCACCCAGUCGUGUGUGCAGUUGGUGACCCUGGUCGUGCUGAGUUGAUCGCUACCAAGUACUGUGACUCGUACGAACAAUUGGCCUUCAAUAGAGAGUAUCGCACCUUCAACGUUCAUUAUCAAGGCGCGGAUUUCACUGUUGCUUCCCAUGGUAUUGGCGGCCCUGGAUGUGCUAUUUGCUUCGAGGAGCUAAUCAAGUGCGGUGCGAAAGUGAUCAUGCGCCUCGGCACUUGUGGGUCAUUGAAACCCGAUGAUAUCAAGCAAGGAGAUCUCAUUGUCACCACAGGCUCAGCCGCUGAGGACGGUGUUUCCCAAUAUUUGGUCCCAGCGGGUUUCCCUGCUGUUUCGGACCCAGCCUUAUGUAUCGCUAUGCGGGAUACCGCCCACGAGCUCGGUUUCGAACGCUGCCACUUCGGCAUCACUGUAGCGGCUGCUUUGUUCUACCCAAGUCCAGCUAAGGAAACCACUUUGCUUUCGCAUGCUGCUGCUGGGGCAAUUGGUGUCGAGAUGGAGAACUCAGCCCUUUUCACUGUGGCUUCUAUCAGAGGCAUAAGAGCAGCCUCUAUAGCUGCGGUGGACGGGUGCCCUUUGAGAUGGGAUGAGGGAGAUUAUGACCCUCAUGGCACUGCAGUGAAAGAGGGUAAGCAUCGUAUGAUUCUAACUGGUAUCACCGUGGCCAAACGAGUUGUUCUAGAAGGUAUAUAGUUGUUCACACAAGUUACCUGAUUCUCAUUUGUCGAGAUGGUUUCAUGAUAGUUGUAGUACUAGUAGUGGGGGCUUGAUGCCUACCCUAUCUAUUUGAAAUAGAUCAUUUCGAAACGAUGGCUG